CCCCGGCUGUAGCUCAGAAUUAGCUUUCCGCACACUUCCAGCGUAUCUUGUCCAAGCGCCCUGUGCUCCCAACCGGCCGGGCCCCGCCUCCUCGGGGGCCGGGAGAUGGGCGGGGCGGGGAGCGAGCUGGUAAAAGGAAGGUUGGCUCCAGACCAACCAGUCUCCGCCCGCGCGGUCCUGUUCUCUCAUCCUCGCACGGCAGAGGACUCACGCGCGCGGGGUCUCAUCGAGCGGGAUAGCCCAGAGCUAGAGAUGGAAGAGGACUGCAGCCAUGAGCUGUGGAGCAGGAGCUCAGUAAAGGUUUAUGGAUUAUUCAGGGUAGCGGGUUUAUAAGAACCUUUUGGCCCAGAAAUCACUAAGAGCUAUUCCAGAGCAGAAUGACAGGACGUGAGAAGUGCACUCGGAGUGGGCUGGCCUGAUGGUGGGAAGUGAGGAGAGAGUUACACACAGGUUUCAUUGAGGAAUGAAGACCUACUGUGUGUAUCCACCAUUCUGAUUGGCUUAUUCAGGGAGGCUAACGCAGCUGUCUCCAGAAAUGUCUUCGGGGAGUGCAGAGCAACAUGGCCUCACGCCCAACGACUCGGUUGAAGGAAAUGACCAGUACAGCCCUCUGUCUAAGAUCCAUAUGGAGCCUGAAAAGGAGUCAAGUACUGACUUCCAGCAAUUUAAGACCACUGAUCUGUGCAGACAUUAUUCUAGGAUCCACAUGGAAUCUCAAGAAAAAUCAAACGCCAGCUUUAAACAGUUCUUCAUCAAGAAACUACAGAAGACUUGCCAGUGCAACCCAACCAAAGCAAAAGAUACGAUUUUUGGCUUCCUUCCUGUCUUGCGGUGGCUCCCAAAGUAUGAUCUGAAGAAAAACAUUAUAGGAGAUGUGAUGUCUGGCUUGAUUGUGGGCAUCUUAUUGGUGCCCCAGUCCAUUGCGUAUUCCCUUUUAGCUGGCCAGGAGCCAAUCUACGGCCUGUAUACCUCUUUUUUUGCCAGCCUAAUUUAUUUUCUAUUGGGGACUUCUCGUCACAUCUCUGUGGGCAUUUUUGGAAUACUGUGCCUUAUGAUUGGUGAGGUAGUUGACCGAGAGCUGAACAAAGCUGGCUAUGACACAGCCCAUAGUGCCCCAUCUUUAGGGACGAUUUCAAAUGGGAGCACCGCAUUGGACCCGUCGUCAGAUAGCAUAUGUGGCAGAAGCUGCUAUGCAAUUACAGUCGGCAGCACCGUAACUUUUAUGGCUGGAGUUUAUCAGGUAGCAAUGGGCUUCUUUCAAGUGGGCUUUGUUUCUGUCUACCUCUCAGAUGCCUUGUUGAGUGGAUUUGUCACUGGUGCCUCCUUCACUAUUCUUACGUCUCAGGCCAAGUAUCUCCUUGGGCUUAGCCUUCCUCGGAGUAAUGGUGUGGGCUCACUCAUCACUACUUGGAUACAUAUCUUCAGAAACAUCCAUAAGACCAAUAUCUGUGAUCUCAUCACCAGCCUUUUGUGCCUUUUGGUUCUUUUGCCAACCAAAGAACUCAAUGAGCACUUCAAGUCCAAGCUCAAGGCACCCAUUCCUACUGAACUCAUUGUCGUCGUGGCAGCCACAUUAGCCUCUCACUUUGGAAAACUGAAUGAGAAAUACAAUACCAGUAUUGCUGGACAUAUUCCCACUGGGUUCAUGCCCCCCAAAGCACCGGACUGGAACUUAAUUCCUAGUGUGGCUACAGAUGCAAUAGCUAUUUCUAUCAUUGGUUUUGCUAUCACUGUAUCACUUUCUGAGAUGUUUGCCAAAAAACAUGGCUACACAGUCAAAGCCAACCAGGAAAUGUAUGCCAUUGGCUUUUGCAAUAUCAUUCCUUCCUUCUUCCAGUGCUUUACUACUAGCGCAGCUCUUGCAAAGACGUUGGUUAAAGAAUCAACGGGCUGCCAGACUCAGCUUUCUGGUGUGGUGACAGCUCUGGUUCUUUUGUUGGUCCUCCUGGUAAUAGCCCCUUUAUUCUAUUCCCUUCAGAAGAGUGUCCUUGGUGUGAUCACUAUUGUAAAUCUCCGAGGAGCUCUACGUAAAUUUAAGGAUCUGCCCAAGAUGUGGAGGGUUAACAGAAUGGAUACGGUUAUCUGGUUUGUGACUAUGCUGUCCUCUGCACUGAUAAGUACUGAAAUUGGCCUGCUUAUUGGAGUUUGUUUUUCUAUGUUUUGUGUCAUCCUCCGGACUCAGAAGCCAAAGAGUUCAUUGCUUGGCCUGGUGGAAGAGUCUGACAUUUUUGAAUCCAUGUCUGCUUACAAAAACCUGCAGACUAAGCCAGGCAUCAAGAUUUUCCGCUUUGUAGCCCCUCUCUACUACAUAAAUAAAGAAUGUUUCAAAUCUGCUUUAUACAAAAAAACUCUCAAUCCAAUCUUAGUAAAGGCAGCUCAGAAAAAGGCAGCAAAGAGAAAGACCAAAAAGGAAGCAGUGAGUCUUGGUGCAAAACAGGAUGAAGUUUCAGUGCAACUUUCCCAUGAUCCCUUGGAACUCCACACCAUAGUGAUUGACUGCAGUGCAAUCCAAUUUCUAGACACAGCAGGAAUCCAUACACUGAAAGAAGUUCGCAGAGAUUAUGAAGCCAUUGGCAUCCAAGUUCUGCUGGCUCAGUGCAAUCCCUCCGUGAGGGACUCCCUGGACCGGGGAGAGUACUGCCAGAAGGAAGACGAAAACCUUUUUUAUAGUAUACACGAAGCGAUAGCUUUUGCAGAAGAAUCUCAAACUCAGAAAGGAAUGUGUAUUCCCAAUGGUCUGAGUCUAGUGAUCAAUUGAGUAAGUAGGUGGAAGGAAGAAGAAUGUCCAGCCAGGAGCAACUCGCGUACUUGAAAUUGUAACUUAUUGGCUAGGCAUUAUUCUUCCUUCAAAGCUGAUGGCCGUUGUAGAUACACAAAUGCAGCAGAGCUUAUAGUUAGGCAGGAUCAAGAAGAAACUAUUGUGGCGUCAAGCUGUCUUGCAGAGAGCUGGUAUUCUUGUACUUAAAUAUCUGUUGAAUUGGACUGUGAAGUAGCCCUAAAAUUUAACAACCAUCCUCUCUUAGGAGAUAUACUUUUGGACUUUUCCUUCUCCAGAAGUGAAGGGGUAAAGUUGAUGUUUACCUGAGACAUGCCGGAGCCAACAUGAUUCAGCUCUUUGGAGAGAGUGGAAAGGAGGCAGGGAAAGGGUAUGGUGCUGGCUUUUGUACCAGCAGAUCAAGAGACCUCUGGAGCUCAAGGUAAUAACUACACAAGUUCUUUCCUUAUUUGUGCUUCUCUGUACCCAGUUAUUUGCUCCCCAGACAGCAAUAGGAUCUCUAGCUUUUAAUGGGAAAGCACUGUUCCUCACCUUAAGGCAGGGAACCACGGGCACCGGCCUGUCAGGAGCCUGAUGGCUAGGCAUGGUUGUGACAUCCUGCCAGCCGACUUCCCAUUACAUAGAAGGCUCUGUCAUACGUCUGAUGUUUUGAGCCUUUUUGUUUAUUGGAAGCAGGGAAGCAGAGAGCUCUUCCUAAUCAGCAAAAAUGAGGGGAAUCUUCCCUGUCUUUCUGUGCUCUCUGUCUCUGUUUUUCAGUAUUUCUCUUCCAUUCAGCACUGUUUGCACUUUCAGUAAUUUAGGGUGUUUGUCCUGGAAUCUGUCCUGAACGGCUAUGUCUGAUUGGCAGUGACAGGCUUGCCAAUAAAAGGCAGAAUGCCGAGCCUGCGGUACUAUACAGCAUUUUAAAGGAACUGGAGGAAAACCCUUGUGGACAGAUUGUAAAUAGGAAAUGCCCGGAAGCAGUCCCCUUCAAAUGUGUGUACUUAGCAGUGAUUUUUUUUGCCUUCUCAUGGCAUUUUAGCUAGGGCCAGUUGGGGAUGGACAGUCUCAAGUAGAAGUUACUGUCCAUCUCUCCUUGGCAAGAAAAAUUAUUGUAACCCACAGAAAAGAGUGUACAAAGCUGCCAAAGGAACAUCAGUAAUUAACUUGUAGAUGUUUUAGUGAAGACUAAGAUGCUUACUGCCAUGGACUGUAUUGAUUUACAAUGAAUUUUGAUGACAGUGACAGCUUUUCACUCUGGGCCACCUAAAACUAGGAUGCAGGAGGAUUUAGAAGCAUCACAUUCCUACAGCCCAAUUAUUUGUGAUAGCCGGCCACAGGUUGUGGCUAUAGGAGGAGUUGCUUUUGAAAAGCAAGAAUGUCUGACAUUGAAAGCUUAUAGGUCUGGACCUUGAUAGGUGGUGGAAAAAAAACCCCUGAGGUUUUUCAAAAUUAGGACUAGCAGGCUAAUUUAUGUGAGGUUGAAACACUUAGCUACACCAUUGAAAACAGACAAAAUAAUAUUUACAAAAGUGCAAAAUUAUUUUUUAGCCUACCCCUACAUUCUAAACAACUUAAAUAUUUAUGAGAAGUAAACGCUAAGUGUUGGGCAUCCGUAACCUGCAAGUGUGACUUUUCUAUUGGUAGAGCUGUGCCCAUCUGUUUACAUGGAAAAUACCUUUCCGUUGUUAAAGCACUUUCUCUGCAGAAAAGCUGGCUAUCUGUCUUUGAGGUGACUGACAUCAUUAUUAAAUGUAAUAGUGUCCUGAAUUUUGACAUCCUUUUAGAAUGUAAGUCUAGAAUUUCAGAAAUGUUAUCUCUUCUUUGUAUUUUUGUUUGUUUGUUUUAAGCUAAUAUUCACCCAUUCUAUCCAGUCUUAUGAAUGGUAAUAGUAAAAUCACAGUAUCUUGGUCUAUCGUCUGUUUUUAAUCCUUUUGCCUUCCUCUCCCAAGCCAGGUUUGAAUCCACACCAUUAUAAAUGUCCAGCAGGGGUGUCCAGCCUGCAGCCCAGGAUGGCUGUGAAUGUGGUCAGCACAAAAUCAUAAAUUUACUUAAAACAUUAGAUUUCGUGUGUGUGUGUGUGAUUACAUGUCACAGUGUAUUUAAUGUGUGGUCCAAGACAACUCUUCUUCCAGUGUGGCUCAGAGAUGCCAAAAGGCUGUACACCCUGGAUGCUAUGUGAGAGGAGAGUACGUGUUUACAUGUUUGAGACAACUCUGUGACAAACACUGGCACAGAGGGAAAAAAAGAGUCCAGAGGGUUUGAAAAACCCUUUAGAAGAAUGGAGUAACAGAAUUUGACCUUUACCUAACAUUUUUCUCUGUUUGUGGAUAUAGACAGUUCUGGAGCUUUGUGUAAUUAGCUAAUUCUCGAAUUGUGCUCUGGUCUAUAUCUCUCCCAUCCAAACAAACAAGAGACUCUGCUUAUGGCAGCCAGUUAUAAAAACAGUUAAUAUUUCCCUAAAAUUUGCAGGGAAUAGGCCAUUGAAAAGACGGUCUCUGAUGAAACAAGGGAGAGGACAAACGGAUUCAGUUGAAUGGAACCCAAUCCCUGGUGAGCCCCACCCAACAGUAGGGAAGCCAGGAGUAGGAACCCCACCUUAGUUUGAGAGUGAGGUCAAAAACACUGUUUCUAGGAGGAGAGGGAGAGAGGGGCACAGAUUCACCAAAGAUGAAAGCUGAGGAUCACGCAGCAGCCAGGGUUGGGACAAAAGCCCAGGCUGAUCUACCCUGAAGCACUCGUAACUACAGUACUAUGUGUGCCUCUGAUGGUUGGUAAAAUUGACAGACGUCUAGUUGACAAUUACUUUUAAAAAAUUUUAAUACGGACCUUUGAAAGGAUAACAAGAUUUGGGUAGUCUAACUUAGCUUUUAAACAGCAGUAGACACUGAAGCCGAAUUUGUUGCUAAAUUUGCACUGUGGUAAAUGGUGAUCUUUAUUGCACUCUCGGUAAUUUGUCAUUUAAGAACACAUUGGGUGUUUGAUCUUAAUAUGAAACUGAGAAAAAGGCUGCAGUGAAUUUCUUGGGAACUUAAAAUUGAGUAUGGGAGUUAUAAUGACAAAUUCAAGGUCUGUGAUCCUUGUUAAUUAAUGUUUUGAAUGAAUUGUUUUCCUCUGUGUAGUGCUAUAGAUGAGCUAUAGGUUCUUUUUGCAGUGAUGCAGAUAAUUCCUGAAACACUUCCUGGGGACCUGUGCUGGAGUCUAGGGCUGGAGUGCCAGGUGCUGGGACUAGGAUAGUAAAUCCAGGAAGGCAGGUUGUAUGGUAACUUUAGUGGGUGACACCCAGUGGCACUUGGAGGUAUUUUAUGGAGGAGCUGAGCCCGGACUGAGUUCUGAACAGGACGCAGGCAACUGAGGCAAAUAAGGAGGCAUGGAUGCCCCUGGUAUAUUCAGGGAAAGAUUUCACAGUGACAUGACAAAAAACCAAUUGAUAGGAUUUAGACUUUAUUUAGUUUCUCUGCUCUUUAAUGUUUCUCUCUUCUUCCUUCUUCUAAUGGUUUCUUUAUCCAUUAGAGGAAUGGAUAGUGAUGCCUUAUUUGAAACUGGGCUUAAAAAACUGCAAAAGGAAAUAAUUGGGUCUAGAAAGCUUUUAGGCUCUGAAGUAAUCUGGCUUUUUUCUUUGUAUAAAGAUUUUUGAUAAUCAUGGAUGUAAUCAUUAAUAUGAGUGCUAAUAACAUGAAUGAAAAUGAUAAUGGAUCAGGCCAAAAUAACACACCAGCUGAUUUAUCAUAGCCUAUUAGUAAAGUAAAAUUCUAUUGACAUACUUUAAGUUAAAAGUAUAUUUUAGUUUUUAAAAAAAUAUAGUAGUAACUGGGGAUGGAGAAUUUAGAUGUGGGAGUUGGGGAGAUUUAUUUUUAUAAGGUAAUUUUUAUCCUGACAUGGACUAUUUUUAGAAGGGUUUUGCACUUCAAAGUAAACCUGUUAAAUACAGUUAGAAAAGUUAAAUAAGCAUUAUACUAAAUCAUGAGGUUUAUUUGUUGUGUAUUUUCUUUUUCUCUUAGUGAUGUAAAGUGGGAAGGAGAUACUUAAUUUUGAAAACUUAAAUAAUGAAGGACACCAAAUGCCUUCCUCGGAGAUACCAUGUGUAUAAGUCUGGAACCAUGCGUAAAACCUUUCUUGGACUUAGAUUAUGAGUCUGAAAAAGGCUGAAUAAUUACAAUCUUAUUACAAAUCACCAGUGAUUACAUUUCUAACUGAAAGCUUUUCAGUUGGCAAACAGACGAGCAACCUAAGCCAGAAAGGAUUUUUAACUGCAGGUUUAAUAAAUUUAUUUUAAGGUUUUCUCUUCCCCCACCACCAAAUUCCCCAUCCCUAGAAUAAUAACAUAAUAGUUGAAGUCAAACAGCUGUUGCCUUUUAAUUCAAAUCAGUUGGGAAGUUAUUGUUUGAAUUCUAAUGCUGCCAUGAUUUCUCAAAAAUUAGUGUGACAGAUCUAUAUAAAAUGCUACCCUUUUUUGUCUCUUCUGAAAUUUUAUAUACAAAUUGAAACAAUAUCAGGGUAACACAUGAAUGAACUCAAAUUCUGAGUCUUGUCUAUUCACUAAAAAUGUAUACUGCCUUUUUUUUUUCAAUUGUUCAAGACCAAUGACUUUUAGGAACAUGUUUUAUACCACAUGUAACUUUUUUAAUCAAAGCAAGUGCCUUGAUGCUAUUCCACACAAAUCAUGCUUCACCCUCUGUAGGGUGAGGAUGGCUUGUUGCCGAUUGCAGACGGGUACAGGAGAGGGAGGGUUGGUUGUAGCAGAUCCCUUUCUUCUGGAAGAACCUGUUCAUGCUGCUUAUUACCUAAGAUCCUGUAUGUGUUGAGAUCUGGAGAUGUUAUUUCAUUUGUUUGCUAAUAAAUUGUUAU